CUUCCUCCAAUCUUUGCUGUGAGAAAUUUCUCCAGUUCCUAAUGUUUCUUCCCCUAAUCACCUAAUGAGAUGAGAUAAUUUUGCAGCAUUUUACAAUUCCCCGGCAUCGAUGUCGAAGUUGAAACCGCCUUCAGAUUGCAAGACCAUGCUCGCUGAAUCCACGAAUCAUCGUCGUUCCAGCGGGAUCUUUCGCUCCAGUGUUUGCUCCAUCCCAAUCCCAUUAGCUUCCAUGACGAAAUCCCAAACAGCAAAUCGCUUGAUGGAUAUGGAAGAAUUAGACAUUCGACCGGAAUACCAAUCCAUUUCGUGCGAAUUAAGGGCCUUGGCAAAGAUGGUUGAACAUGAAUUUGGGAAUUGCGAACUGGGUAAUACUGAUUUUCCUGAUACUUUCAAUGCUAAUUCGAGUUCUCUGUUCGAAAGAGGGAGAUUCUAUGAUGAGUACUCGGCCAGAAGGAACGAGAGGUUGAAGGGGAAGAAAGCUGGUGAAAGAAGGGAGGAUGAUAGGAGGAGGAGUGUUUGUAAUCUGGGUGUUAACGUUGAAUCUGUGAAAAAGAGGGAUUUAAAGAAAUACGGGAGUUUAAGAAAAUCAGUCCCUGCAAACUUCUCGAUUGGUGGGAGGACUGAGAAUCACAGAUAUUCUCUGCGAGUGCGAAACAAUGCGAAGGGCAAUGAGAACAAGAAGCCCAGCAUGCCCAUAACCCCCGCGAGAUCCGUGGUUGAUGGAGUUCGAAAAGUGGGAGCUGCUGGGGUUCUUAAAAUCUGAAUUUUGAAGAAGUUGUGUGUCUGCCUUCUUGU